CGAAGUUCUUGGACCAAUCGUCUCUAGCUAAACUUCUCUCCAUCUUCACUUCGCAGAAUGCUUCAACUUGAGCCACUCAUCCCAUACACAGACCUUUGGCCGGGCGGCAUCCCAGCAUGCCUUUGUGUAGAGCCUAGCCCCAUAGAUUGGUUUGACACGGCCGAAAUAUGCAAGGGCUGGCUUCAGUUUGUGCAGGAAGAAUGGAUCGACUCAGAGAGUCUGGAUGAACAGCUCCAGCAACGCCGCCGCUUGAUGGAACGAUGGGCGUCUGCUAGUCAAGAAUUCCGUGACUCUUAUCAAGCUCGCGCGUCACUGCCUGAAACAGCCCUCGAAUAUCCUCUGCCAUUGCUUACUCGAAUACGGCAUUCUCCGAAACAUUUCUUCUGUCUCGCCCCGGUAGAUCGCGAGAAUAACGCAUCCAAUUAUGCCCGGCUCGUCAAGCUCCUAAUCCUCCUUUACGUUCAUCAAAAUGACGGGGCCCAUCCAAUGGAGCAUGAGCCUGAACCGUACCCGCAGAUCCCAGCUCUUUUCCCAGAUCUUACCAGAUCUGCACCUACACCUGAGGCCUUGAUAACGCAGUACUGCCUUGAGUCCGCGGACUUCCGCUAUCUAUCAAUGACACACGCUGGAAAAAUACUAUUCCCGGAUUUUUAUAACAAUAUUUUUAUAGUAAUCGACCAGGAAGCUUUGAACACUGGCCAGCUCAUCAUGUUCGAACUUCACUCGAACGGACAGAUCAACUCUUGUACGCGUCUGCGACCUUGGCAUACGGGCCCCAUUAUGAUGUGUCAUAACGUCUCAGGAUGGUUCUUGGAGGAGAUGAUAGAUCCGCGGAUACACCCCCAUUAUCUCUUCAAAAACAUCCCCCUGAACUUGGAUAUGCCACUAGUCGACAUUCUGGACACAGCUCAGCAGAAUGGCGAACUCAGGUUCACUAGAUAUACUCGGGAUGACUGGGCAGCGCAGCUCGAGAUUUUCGCGCCCGGGUACCUCGCCCUGGAAAGGCAGGGAUUGGAGAUGAACUAUGAUCUUGCGAAUUUGUGGAGUGACCUUCAGGGCUACCAGCAUUGGGUUCCUCCAGGAAAAUACCCGCCUGGGGCCAGGCGCCGUGAACAUGGGCAAUGAAUGGGGGGUACUCACUAUGCCCCUUUAUUUUUCGCAUACUCUGAAUAUAUUGUGACA